AUGACGACAGAAAGCGCUACCUCAACAGAACUGGUGACCCAGCUUCCAACCGCAACGGAGAGAGUCACUUUGGCAGUAUCCUCGACCGAGCAGCCCACCACAACGGAGAGAGUUACUUCAAAAGCUUCAUCGUCGUUUACCGAGCUGCCAACGACAACAGAGAGAGUUACUUCAGAAGUAUCUUCGACCGAGCUGCCAACGACAACGGAGAGAGUUACUUCAAAAGUUUCGUCGACCAGGCUGCCAACGACAACAGUGGGAGUUAUUUCGAAAGUAUCUUCAAACGAGCUGCCAACGACAACAGAGAGAGUAACUUUAAAAGCUCCGUCGUCGUUUACCGUGCUGCCAACGACAACGGAGAGAGUUACUUCAAAAGUAUCUACCACCGAGCUGCCAACGACAACGGAGAGAAUUACUUCAAAAGUUUCGUCGACCAGGCUGCCAACGACAACAGUGGGAGUUAUUUCGAAAGUAUCUUCAAACGAGCUGCCAACGACAACAGAGAGAGUAACUUUAAAAGCUCCGUCGUCGUUUACCGUGCUGCCAACGACAACGGAGAGAGUUACUUCAAAAGUAUCUACCACCGAGCUGCCAACGACAACGGAGAGAAUUACUUCAAAAGUUUCGUCGACCAGGCUGCCAACGACAACAGUGGGAGUUAUUUCGAAAGUAUCUUCAAACGAGCUGCCAACGACAACAGAGAGAGUAACUUCAAAAGCUCCGUCGUCGUUUACCGUGCUGCCAACGACAACGGAGAGAGUUACUUCAAAAGUAUCUACCACCGAGCUGCCAACGACAACGGAGAGAAUUACUUCAAAAGUUUCGUCGACCAGGCUGCCAACGACAACGGUGGGAGUUAUUUCGAAAGUAUCUUCAAACGAGCUGCCAACGACAACAGAGAGAGUAACUUCAAAAGCUUCAUCAGCGUCGACCGACCUGCCAACGUCACCGGAGAGGGUUACUUCAGAAGAUCCGACCACAUCCACAAAUAUCCGGAGCACUGCGAAAGUGCCAAUUGCAGCAGAAUAUACUGCACAGUGUCGUUUGAAGAUUCCUUGGAGAAAUGAGCUGUCUGAUAAAAGAAGUAAAGAGUAUAACGACUUGCAAACGUCUUUGGAAAAAAAGUUUCAGGCAACCUACAAGAAUGAUGCAGAUUUCCAGAGAGUCAACAUUGAAUCGUUCAGCAAGGGAAGUGUUAUAGCCAAGUUUAAGCUAUUUUUCAAAACUGAGAAGAAGGACCCGCUUGGACCUUUGGCAGAUGAACUCAAGGAUGGGAAGCUUGGUGACAUCAACGCAGAUCCGAACUCGCUUAAGAUCUUACGCCCCCAAGAGAAAGAACAAGAAGAAUCUUCUCAGACCGAAAUUGUGGUAAUCGCUGUGGUUGUGGUCAUUGUUGCUGUCCUAGUGGCUGUCGCUUGCUGUAUACUGUUCCGUCGUAAAUACUACUACUACGACUUGGAAAAGAAAUCUCGCAAGCCACCAGAGAAGGAUCCUGAACGCUUCACAUACGAGAAUCCCGAGUACUGUGACAUCCCUGAGCUGGAAAACAACCGCGAAGGCGUCACCAAGCCCGCGCCUCUUUACGAGAUCAUAUCGCCAAGCCUUCCAACAAAGAAUUACGUUGUACCUAGAGAAGUGCUUGAAGCUAAAAAUCACACGUACGAGGAGCUUAAGGCAGCCAAACCGAUCUAUCAGACCCUGACACCUGGAGUAUCACAAGAAGAACAACAGAACAAACCCUCUUUUCAGGCAAAAGCGCGCCAUAGCGUUUAUCAUAACGCUGGUUUUCAAAACUAGCCUACGUUCACUGAGUUAUUUCCCAUUCUAAACAGAUUUUGUUGCUUUUUUAAUUGCUAACUUAAUUCUUCUCCUUACUGUGCUGUGUGACUAUAACAAGACGGGAUUUUGUUUCAUAACUUUUUAUACUUGAAAGUCAUGAGAUCCAUUGCCCCUUUGAUAUCCAGGUACAUAUUUUUGGGGAUAACUCACAAUGAACUCUAAUUACUUUGAGUGUGACAAGUUUUCAUUGUCCAAUUUUCAACGUCAUCUCGAAACGGCUUUUCCACAUGACAUGACAACAAACAAAAUGGACAACAGACGCGUAGUUCUCGCUGACCGCUGUAGAGCGUGUCAUUCUGCAAAUAUAAUCAAUGCACGAAACAUCGAUAACGCACGUAUUUCACAAACGUUUUACAAACAUAUACUCGAAUUUUUUUCACAUUUUUAAAUAAGAAAGGAAUGACUUAGCUGCGAACCUGCUAAAGUUAACGGAAAAAAAAGUGCUAAAAAUGUGUUUUUGUUAAUUUUUCCAUUGAGGAUAUCGAAAAAAAUAUUUGUAGUUUAAUUAUUUUGAACAAAAAAAAUUUUGGACUCGCAUCUUCGAGAGUUAUUUUAGAAAAGGAAUUUAGACGCUUUGGUCUUGAGUCCGUUAGCUACUAAAAGGAAGCUAAGUCUGACCAUUGGCCAAGUUUUUACAUAAGAAGAAAUCAGACUUGGCUUUAUUAAGCAGGUAAAAUGUUUAUUACACGGCAUAAUUCAUGAAUAAUUAUAGAGUCACGUGUGAAUGUUGCAAUGCGCAGUCAGUGGUUAUUGGUAGCGAAGGCCUCAUGAUUGCAAUGGUUGCCUCAUGUUCUCAUGGUUGUGUCACGGCAGUUCAACGGUAGCUCGAUGCAGCACAAAGAAUAACAGCUUAUCGCCUGCACUCAGGUCACGCAUCAUACUCUGAAAACCACACCAUCUUGUCAGUAUCUGUAUCAGUCCGUAUCGAGCUACCAAAGGAGUUGCCUCCUUAGAAUAAAAGCACAUUAAAAGGACCUGUAUCCUUAGGAGACAAGCACAUUAAAACGGAGUGUGGUACAAGCUCUAUUCCAUCGUUAGCUGUAUAGUGUUUAAUGGCAAAAUAAAUACCGGUACUGCCCCAAAA